CCACGGAGCCAUCCUGACUGGACCCAGCCACCCUGCCCCGGAGGAGGUUGCGGGGUCCCUCCAACCCCCGGAGCACCCCACCCCUGUGCUGCCCCCAGGAACCUCCCUGACACCGCGGGGCACCGAGCCCCGGGCAUGACGAUCACCUGCCCGGCCCCCUGACGGCACCGAAGGCAGCGGCCGCCCUCGGCCCUGAUGCCAUUCGCCCACGGGGCUGCGUGCCCCCCGGCCCGGCUGGCCGCCCCCCGCGCCCCAGCUGGCAUGGGUGCCGUGCCCGAGCUGUGUCCGCAGGCCCCGCUGGCCGUGCUCUCCAAGGUGGAGCUGCGGGUCAGCUGCAAACACCUCCUGGACCGAGACACCCUCAACAAGUCAGACCCCUGCGUCCUGCUCCUGAUGCAGUCCCAGGGCCAGUGGAUGGAGGUGGAUCGCAGCGAGGUGAUCAAGAGCAACCUGAACCCCGUGUUCGCCAAGAUCUUCACGGUCGAUUACUACUUCGAGGAGGUGCAGAAGCUGCGGUUCGAGGUGUACGACAGCCAUGGCCACGCCGGCGUGGGCACGCACGACGAUGACUUCCUGGGGGGCAUGGAGUGCACCGUGGGGCAGGUGAGCCCGGGGACCCCCACCCGGGGACCCCCUCCAUGGUGUCCCCUCCCCGACCCUGGGCUCUCGCAGAUCGUGGCACAGAAACGGGUGACGAAGCCGCUGUUCCUCAAGUACGGGAAGUUCGCAGGCAAGUCCACGAUCACGAUCAUCUCCGAGGAGAUUUCAGGGAACAACGGCUACGUGGAGCUCGCUUUCCGCGCCAAGAAGCUGGAUGACAAGGACCUCUUCAGCAAGUCGGAUCCCUUCCUGGAGAUCUACCGCAUCGACGACGACCGCAGCGAGCAGCUCGUGUACCGCACUGAGGUGGUGAAGAACAACCUGAGCCCUGUCUGGGAGCCCUUCAAGGUGUCUCUCAACUCACUCUGCAGCUGUGAGGAGAAGAGGAAGCUGAGGGGUGUGGUGUGGGACUACGAUUCACGGGGCAAACACGACUUCAUCGGGGAGUUCUUCACCACCUUUGAGGAGAUGCAGAAAGCGAUGGGGGAGAACAAGGUGCAGUGGGACUGCAUGAACCCCAAGUACAAGAUCAAGAAGCGCAACUACAAGAACUCGGGGGUUGUGGUGCUGUUGGACCUGAAGAUCCACAGGGUCUACUCCUUCCUGGACUACAUCAUGGGCGGCUGCCAGAUCCACUUCACAGUCGCCAUCGACUUCACAGCCUCCAACGGGGACCCCCGAAACAGCUGCUCCCUGCACUACAUCAACCCCUACCAGCCCAACGAGUACCUCAAGGCGCUGGUUGCUGUGGGUGAGAUCUGCCAGGACUAUGACAGUGAUAAGAAAUUCUCAGCUCUGGGCUUUGGUGCCAGGAUCCCCCCCAAGUAUGAGGUUUCCCACGACUUCGCCAUCAACUUCAACCCCGACAACGAUGAGUGUGAGGGCAUCCAGGGUGUUGUAGAGUCCUAUCAGAGCUGCCUGCCGAAAAUCCAGCUCUACGGCCCCACCAACGUGGCUCCCAUCAUCACCAAGGUGGCUCGUGUGGCGGCCGAUGAGGAGCGGACCAAGGAAGCGUCGCAAUACUUCAUCCUGCUGAUCCUGACGGACGGGGUGGUGACAGACAUGGCAGACACGCGGGAGGCCAUUGUCCGGGCCUCCUACCUGCCCAUGUCCAUCAUCAUCGUCGGGGUAGGCAACGCCGACUUCACCGACAUGCAGAUCCUGGACGGGGACGACGGUGUCCUGCGCUCCCCCAAGGGCGAGCCCGUCCUGCGCGACAUCGUCCAGUUCGUGCCCUUCCGCGAGUUCAAGAACGUGACCCCGAAUCCAGGGCACAGAGUUGAGGGAGGUGGCAACGGAGCAGGCCCUGCUGCCCUGCACACGGCCACUGCCACGUGCUGUGUGCUGUGA